AAAUAUGGGUUAAACCAUUGUAGGUCAGAUAACCGAAUAUAAGACAGAUGAACAAUUACCAGAUAGCUUUUAUAAGUUCAACAUAUUGAAACAGGCAAAAUGAAAUUUCUGUUGCUUUUGACUAUCGCCCUGGUUGCCUCAGGCACUAACGCUAAUUUUCUUAGCGGGCUGCAAUCAGUCUUCCAAAAAGUUGGAGACGCCUUUUCGGUAGUUGGUAAAAGUCUUUUGGGACAAUUGGACAAUGUUGGUGGAGUUUUAUUUAAUCAAGUAAAAGAUGCCGGAAAGAAUCUUCUGUCGCAAGGCUUACAAGCCCUUGCUUUGAACACCAUGGGUGCUUUCAAGGGAAACAAAACCACACGCGAAAUCAGUGGUCUUUUACAACAAGUAACCAAAUUCGAAAUCGAAGCCAAAAAAGUAAUUGAAAACGGAGUCGACUCCUUUAAGCCAGUUUUGGCCAACGCCAUAAGCGCCUUCCAGAACGUUAUCGAUAAUGUAGAAAAUGCUAUUGACAACCCCAACGAACUUGUUCAAACCAUUGACAACAUUGUUGGUGUUCACAAUGGUCUCGCUGAUAUGAUCAUGAAAAACCUUGUUUCCAGUCUUAACAAUCUGGUCACCAAAUUCUUCGGAUCUCACAAACGAAACGCCUUCACUGAUGCCAUUACAGGUUUUGGAAGUCAAUUGGCCAAUUUCUUCAAACCCCUUGGCGCUGGAUUUAAAAAUUUGAUAUCAACAACUGGAACCGCUCUGAAGACCGCUGGUACCAAUAUGCUGGAAACUGUUAAAACUUCAGCCACCCAACUCGGAACCAAAUUGGCUAUCCACGGAUUAACUGCCCUCAGUGCUCUUAAAACUGCUACUACUGAUAUCUUCAAACAAACCAGUGACAUUCCUACAGAAACUAUUUAAAUUUUUUUACCUCAACAACCAAGCUGGUAAAGAAAACUGACAUCAGUUAAAAUGCAACAUUAAAUAAAAAUAUGUUACAAUCGGUAUAAA